AUGGAUGACAUCGGCACCCUUUCGACCUCCUGUGCCAGAUGCUUCGAUACUCUGACACGAUCGCUGCGCACAUCUUCGGAUGAGUUUAAAUCGCAGAUGAUGCCAAUGGCAAUUGAAAAUGAAUAUGCCCGCUUCAUGAUUUGGGCGGGUAAUCUGGGCGCUUUACAGCGAGGCCGAAGUUCUCUUGAUGCGAGACUACGAGACUCCGUGGUGCUCCGAGCAGCCGUUCUCAAAUUCCUGGGACAGUUGCAAGACUCCUUGAGUCAGAGUGCCGAGAUCACCACAGGUCUUCGCCUACCGUACGAACAGGGUGGCGAUGUUCCCCAUGGCCCUGACGAAGAAAUUGAGGACAACAGUGACAGGAGUGACUCCAGUAGUGACUUGGGCACCGGAGAACUGGCGGAGAGACUAGACGAAAUCAAAGAUGUCAUGGAGCACUUGUACAGGCUCUCGUUCAAGAUACGCAACACGAGAUAUCGUUCUCUCACCAAGAAAGCUCUUCUCAUGAAAGAAGAGAAUCCACAAACAGGGAAAGACUUGUUCUCGGCGUAUGCCAUCUUCGAUCGUCGGCAUGUACAAGAGUCACUCGAUCACCUGCGCCGGUGUCCAUCAACAAAGGAAUUCGCCGCUGAACCUGCACGAGACCCAAAUGACGGGUUUUUGGAUAUAUUAGAUGCCGGGGAUCGCCUGCUGGAUGGUGACGAUUUUCUGCGAGAUCGCUUAGCAAAAGCAAUCACUCACCGGAGAAUGUAUUUUGCAUAUUGGCGGAGACAUGCGCUCAAGCUCUCACACAGUGCGGACGAGCUAGCCCCCCACCAGAAUUCCACCACUCUCGUGAAGCCUGCGGAACCUUUUUCCAAGCCUCCAAUUACACCUCCUAUCUCAGGCAAUUUCAUACCGACUCCAGGGCCGAAAACCAUGGUGUCAGGAACCGAUUUCUCCAUGUAUAACCGUGAGUUGGACGACCAGCUGGACACAGAGACCGUGAUUACUUACGCGACUACGGCCUACGACGUUGAUGGAAAGUCCCCAGAACUACCUCCACCUCCUCCCGAUGCGGCUGGCCAGUCAGAAUUUGUUUGUCCGUAUUGCUGGGUAGCUUGUCCGUCGAGACAAGGAGAAGGAAAGUCAUGGCAGUAA